AUGGGUAAACGUAAGGAAUUAGAAAUGGGUGAUGCCAAAACUGAGACUGUAAUAAAGCCAGAAAGUAAGUCUCAGCCGAUUGAUACUUCUAAUUGGCCAUUACUCCUGAAGAAUUAUUCAAAAUUGAAUGUUAGAACUGGACACUAUACUCCACUUCCCUAUGGUAAUUCUCCAUUGAAUAGAAAUUUGGUUGAUUAUUUGAGCUACGGAAUAAUCAAUCUUGACAAGCCAGCAAAUCCUUCAUCUCAUGAAGUUGUUGCAUGGAUUAAGAAGAUUUUGAGAUGUGAGAAAACAGGUCAUAGUGGUACAUUGGAUCCAAAGGUUACAGGAUGUUUACUUGUAUGUUUAAACAGAGCAACCAGAUUGGUGAAGUCGCAACAAAGUGCAGGUAAAGAGUAUGUUUGCAUUGUAAGAUUUCACUCAAGUGUUGGAGGUAGAUCUGCAGUAAAUAGAUGCCUUGAGACUCUUACUGGUGCUCUAUUUCAAAGACCUCCAGUAAUUUCUGCAGUUAAACGUCAACUUAGGGUACGUUCAAUAUAUGACUCUAAACUUUUGGAUUAUGAUGAGAAAAGGAAUUUGGCUGUUUUCUGGGCGAAGUGUGAGGCAGGCACAUAUAUAAGAACGAUGUGUGUUCAUAUGGGACUGCUAUUGGGAGUUGGAGCUCAUAUGCAGGAAUUAAGAAGAGUUAGAAGUGGUUGUUUAUCAGAAAAUGAUAAUAUGGUAACAAUGCACGAUAUUUUGGACGCUCAGUAUAUGUUAGAUAACUAUAGGGAUGAGUCUUAUUUAAGGCGCAUUAUCUCGCCUUUAGAAUUACUUUUGACAGAUUUACCAAGAAUUGUAGUUAAGGAUUCAUGUGUGAAUGCAAUUUGUUAUGGUGCAAAGCUUAUGAUUCCGGGUGUAUUAAGGUUUGAUAAUGAAAUAGAUGUUGGUACUGAGGUUGUUAUGAUGACAACAAAAGGAGAAGCUAUCGCAAUCGGUAUUGCUCAAAUGACCACAGCUGUUAUAGCCAGUGUUGACCAUGGAGUUGUUGCUAUAAUUAAGAGAGUCAUUAUGGAGAGGGAUACUUAUGAUAUGAGAUGGGGACAUGGUCCUAGAGCUUCUGAGAAGAAGAAACUUAUUUUAGGUGGCAAGCUUGACAAGCAUGGAAAGCCAAACGAGCAAACUCCUGAAUCUUGGCUUAAAUAUGAGGGUUACAUCCCAAAGCUUACAGGUGACCAUGAUGGCCUUAAAGAAGAAGAGUCAAAAAGCAAGACAGAAUCAGAUUCGGAAUCGGAAUCAGAGCCUAGCUCUAAUAUAGAAGCCAGUUCAUCAAAAAAAAGAAAAGAAAAGAAAGAGAUUAAUGAUGAAUCUUAUUCAUCAUCUUCUAAAAGUAAGAAGGAAAAGAAAAAAAGAAAGAAUACAGAACCUCUAAGUGAAAAUAGCAGUAGUAGUAGCGAUAGUAGUGAUGAUGAGAAGAGUAAAUUCAAAGGAGAGAAGUCAUCUAAAGAUAAAUCUAAGAAAAAAAAGAGACAUAGUCAUGUUAGUGAAGAUUGA